AUGCCUGAAAUAAAAAUUAGAAAAACCUCUCCCGCUAAAUAUACUUCAGUUCUGCAACCACCAGAACGAGGAGGUGGAGCUAUGAGCCUCCUAAACCUUCAUCACCAAUGCUUCAAUACCCCCAAAAUUCUCCAUAUUCCGAAAACCACCCGUUUCUAUCACUCCAAUUUUCAAUUUAAUCCCACGCAUAAUAAACCCAGAAUUCCCUGCAGUUCUUUGUUGAUUUUCAAUUGCAGAAAUGUCAAGGGCCUUGCAGAUACCGAGGCUCCCAUGUGGACCCACAAGGAUGGAGGAGAAGAAGCAGAUGAUAAAAAUGGAGACUUUGAGUUGGAAUACUUAGCACCCGAUGGAGAAGUUUAUCAAAGGACUCUGAGACUGGUGGAAUGUGCAAUGUUUUCUGCUGUUUCCGGUUUAACUUAUCUCUUGAGCAAUUCUCUUGCUAUCGAGAAUUACUUUGGUUGUUUUUUCGCUUUGCCAAUUGUAUUUUCUGCAAUGAGAUGGGGUGUUUCAGCUGCUCGUAAAACAAUGGUUGCCACUUUUGUGCUGUUGUUCGUAUUAUCAGGUCCUGUGAAAGCCUUAACCUACUUGUUAAUGCAUGGGUUUCUUGGUUUCGCGAUGGGAUCAAUGUGGAGGUGUAGAGCCAGUUGGGGUCUCUCGAUUUUCUUCUGUGCAGCAGUAGGGUUCUUCCUUCAUCGCAUUUUCUUAUUUAGAUCUAUCUAAUGCAGUCGUAAGUGAUACAAAUCAGAACCAUCUCUUUCACCUGUAGGUUCGAGCAAUGGGUGCUAUUGGUUAUGUUUUGGUGUCCUCAUUUUUGAUAGAAGAAAACAUACUGGCUUUGGUAAUUGAUGCACCUCGCUCAGGAUUGGUUUCGCCAUUGGCUCUAUUUGGUUUGCCAAUAGUUUUCUAAUGAAAAGUUUAUUCAUCUAUUUUCUCCCCAGAUCACUGUGAAUAUUCAUGCUUGGCUCUCAUUUAUAUUGACGAAUGUUGGCCUUAAAUCUGUCCCAUCAAUGGAUUUUGUAUAUGGUGUUUUUGGGACCUUGGUAAGCUCAACUACUGCCGUCACCAUAUAUUUGGCACCACUCACAUUAAUGCUUGCAUUCCCUGCAGAUUCGCGGUGUUUGUGUCCAAAACUAAAGUUUGUCUUCUCCUUUGGCAGCUUUUGAUCAAUUCAAGCUUAUUUGUAUUCCUGCUUCAUCUUCUCUAUGCUGUAUUCUUCACCAAAUUUGGCAUGAGAUCAUCCUUACGACUACCUAGGUGGUUGGAUAAUGCAAUAUGAUCCUUCUGUUUUGAAUUGAGUUUAGACUGAUACUGUUAUGUAAUUUGAAGGAUGGUUUACUACUUGUAGAACCAGAUCGAUAUAGCUAGUUAAAGAAUUCAGUUAUGAAACUGUUGCUUUCUCGUUGCAAAAUUAGAACCAUGCAGCGGUUCAUUUAGUGGAAUCCAUUGAUAGUUUUAGCAAUAGCAGGUUGAUAUUGUCAAUAUUACCCCACCCAAAGUCCGUGAUGACCUUACCUUGGGAGUUGGGAUGGUUCUCUGUACUUCUGAUUGUUCUCUCUUGUAAUUAUUUCCAUAGCUAAGAAGAUGAUUCCAGAUCGCCAUGUAUGUAUUUCACAUUAUAAAUUCAAUUCUCUGACAAAUUAGAUACUUUUAGCAACC